AUGAGAAGCCCUGCUUUGGCGUUCUCGCUCUUCGCGGUUGCGGCCACCGUCUCCGCUCAAUCCAACAUCACCCAGCGGUCGACCCUCGAACAGCCCGAAGUGCAUGUGAAUGUGGGGUCAUACCAGAUGCAGACCCCAAAGGAGUUCCUCUCUGGUGUCUACCCACGCGCGGGAGACCGAGGCGACGAACGUCAUGAGGCCACUAGAGGGAGACGCCCCGAGCCGCCCCACGUCAACGCUAACCAUGGAGUCCCGAUGGGCUCAUCUUCUGGCAACGGCAUAGAUGGUGGCGUCUCGGACACAGCUCCCGCUAUUGGCGCCAAUGCUGGAGACGGGUCCAGCGGCAGUAGUUCGAGUUCUAGCGACUCGGGCCCUGCUUCUGGGUCUGACAUCUUCAACAUCGGGAACAACCUACAGAACGCAUUCGGAGCCAAACCAGUCUCGCAGGGCCCUGACAGUGCCCAAGACGCCCUGUCCGCGCAGCAAGCCGACGCAGGGUACAAGCCCACCGCUGGAUACACGUACAACUAUCAGCGCAUGAAGCGGAUGUCCCGCGUUGAGCCCGCGGCCAACGUGAGCAGACGCGACGUCAUCGACUCUCUCACUGGCAACGAAAACGACGGCCAGAGCAGCUCGGACGAUAAUUCCAACCAUGACGGUGCUGAUGGGACGAGCCAGCGCGGCAGCGAAACCAACGGUGGGCACGCGGGCGAGGUCGGGUCCUCUGAGGGUGGCCAUGUGUACAACGAACCCUCCUCCUCAGAGUGA